AUGGAGAGCCGGUUUGACAAGGAGGACGCCCUACGCCUCACUCGGACGUAUAGCUUGCCUGCCGACCACCACAUAAUAUUAGCCACACCCACCGACCGGCCUCAUGACCCGCCGCCCGACACCGCUACCGAGCGGCUGAAAUUGAGAGCUGCUGAGAUUGAGGUGACAAAGAAUAAGGAGGUAGCUGAACGGGGCUUGGUCUCAGCUGGCCCGACCACUGAAGAGGGUGAGGGGACUCAGAUUGUCCCUGAAGCCUUAGCCGCUUCGGCCUCUCUCAGCGAGGCUGCGGGCGAUAUAGCGCCCUCCGCUCAAGUUGGGGUAGAGGGCCGCUCUGCCGAUGAAGCUCCCCUAGCAACUCGGAAGCGCAGACGGCCAGAGCAAGUCUCUCAGCCAACCCCAUCUGAUGAACAGCAUUCCGAGCGAGGUGAUGAAGCUCCAGUAAUCUCCGGUACGGUCUCCAUAGAGAGUACCCCCACACCGCUCAGCUCUCUUAUGGCCAUCUCCGAGGUGCCUCCCUCCAGUCCUCCCCGCACUAUGCGUCGCCUUAGACGAUUGGGUGACCUUCCUUCCUCGAGCGGCGAGCCGUCUGGUCAAGCGACUGCGCCCCAAGAGCAAAUUGCUAUCAGCAACCGACUAGCCGAGCUGGAGGACGAGCUGAAAAAGCUUAAAGCUUUGGGGGAAAGCAGAGGACAGUCCACGACCGCUCUGGAGAAGGCCAAGAAGCUACUGGAAGCCGAACGGAAUAAGUCCUCCGACUUGUCGGGUGAAGUGGCUCGACUUGAGGCUUUGGUCAAGCAGAGGGACAAGGAGAUAAAGACUGCGACCACCCGGAAGCGCAAGGCUAUCGACGACAUGAACCUGAUGAAGGUGGAAAAUCGGGGGCUAGAACAGCGAGUGAAGGACUUGGACGCCCUAUUGACCAUCGAACCGGAGGGCCGCUCGACUGACCAGACUAAAUCAGAAGGAGCUUUGAAAGAUCUUCAGGCUGCCCUUGACGCUUCCAGAGCCACUCUUAAAGAAUAA